AUGGCCGACUUUGAUUCCACCUUGCUAGUAGAAACGGAUGCAAAGAAAGACUUUAGGCUUCCCCACACUCGGCAAGUGAUUCUUGUGGGAGCGGUGUUUGCUGUUCAAAGCUCUCCGUUUCCUAAAUAUCUCUAUGUGUAUGACAAGGGGUUUGCAGCCUACCAGCUUGUUCCGUUCAAGCCCAUAGAGACUUUCGAAUACAGUGGAGAAGUGCUGGAUAUCUUUGUUAUCAAAGGGAAGAUGGUCAUUCUCUCGAAGGAUUCCGUGAUAGUUUAUAAUGGAGAUGAAAAAUGUGUUAUUACCGGAGAGUUUAGCGGGAAACUGUCUGAAAUAGAUGGAAGGCUCGGGAUUCAGGAAAGAGCAAAACUGACGAUAUAUUCGUUGGACACUCUGGAAGUCCAAGAUGUGCAUAAGGCGAAUGCACACCACUCCAUAAGAGACGUACUAAUAACGUCUUUUGAUACCACAGUUUCCCUACAUCGCAAAGGUAAAAAGAUACUUGAAAUUUCCAUGCCAGAGAGGAUAUGCACGGUGUGCACGGAUCCACUCCUAACGAACAUAUAUUGCGGGAGUGACGACGGGACUAUAUUUUGUUGCAAUGCAAACCAUAUGGAACCAACUGCCAUGAAGUAUCACAAGAGCAGGAUUGUAGGGUUGGACAUAAGUUUCUGUGGAAGAUAUCUGUAUUCUGCAGAUGCGGAGGGAGUUGUCUGCAUAUGGGAUGCGAAAUUCAAUGUAGUGAUCGGGAAGGCAUGCAUGGAAUCAGAAGUAAGGGGGAUAAAGGCUGUGUAUGCCUCGGAGUGGAGAGGAGAGCUCGAUAAUGAGGGAAGUGAGCUAGUGAUGACAAAGAAAGCAAGUGAAUAA